AUGUAUAUGCCGAAAUCCCUCAGCCUGGAGGGUAUAUACAUCGGUUUGCGUCGGAGUCGAGUAGUUCAUAAGAUGGGGAAAGAAGAAGAAGAAGAAGAAGAAGAAGAAGAAGAAGAAGAAGAAGAAGAAGAAGAAGAAGAAGAAGAAGAAGAAGAAGAAGAAGAAGAAGAAGAAGAAGAAGAAGAAGAAGAAGAUUCCCAAAAGAAGAAGAGACCCAAAUGCUAUAGACCUUAA